UCCGUUAAAUUAAACACUCUUAUCAAAUAGCAUACGAAGCAUCAACCUGACUUAUCAGACCAACACUCGCUUCCAACGGGGACACUAUGGGACGUGGUCUAGUUGCCAUCAGCUCAUUGCUUUGCGCAAUAUGUGUUUUUCAGGCGCUGCUGGCUGUACAUGGCGCACACAAACAAACUUUUGUGGCCGAGUUCCUCAUGAUUGUUGAUCACAGUACUUACACAAGGUUUUACGAAGAUACUGAUAGCAGUUGGCCAGCGAACAGACGGGAGAAUGAAACGGAAACGUUUCUUCGGAAGUAUGUGGCAUCCAUUAUACAUACGACGAACACAAUAUUCGAGACGUUAGAACCAUACAAUGUCUCUCUGCGGGUGAAGCUUGUCGACGUCGUUAUAAAAAAGACUGUUCAAGAGUCAGCCUUUACGGAGGACCAUAAAAACGGAACGGAAAACGGAUCAGUGGUCAUCAACAGAAGUGAUGCCAUUGCACAUGUCGCGAACGUCUCCCAAGAAUUACAGAGGAGCAUUCCACAUGACCACGCUAUGGUCAUGACAGAGUACAGACUUUCUAGACACACAAACGGAACGCUUGUAGUGGGAUAUGCGUAUGUUGGAUAUGCCUGCACCAGGAAAAGCGUCUCUUUGGUAUCAAACGAAGGAUUCGAAUCAGCCACAACCAUUGCUCACGAGUUUGGUCAUAAUAUUGGAAUGGAACAUGACAGUGACGGUAACAAUUGCACAGGGGGUUAUAUUAUGGACGCCGUGAAUAGCAAAGAUCCAAUAAAAAAGUGGAAGUUUUCCCGGUGUUCGGCGGACUAUGCCCGGAACUACUUUCAAUCACUCAUCGCGCAGCACGAGAACUGCUUGAACAACAUCGUCGAUCAACAUGUCGACCCAACCUUACUGACCUUAAACGAAAGGUGGUAUGGUACCGUUUUUGACCACAAUGAGCAGUGUAGGAUCGCUUUUGGAAAAGAAUCGAACGUUUGUAGGGAGGUGUAUUCUAAACCUGACGUCGACCCCUCAGAUUGCGGAUCAUUGUACUGUACCCUACCAAACGACAUUAAUUGCUACGCAAUCGAAGCCGGAGACGGAACUACCUGUGGAAAGAACAAGUGGUGUAUGAAGGAUGUCUGUACCGCCAGUCCUCAUCCAAUUAACGUGACGGAUUUAUGUUUUGCUGGCGAGGUAAACUAUACUAUCGACAAUCUAACGUGCGAAGAGAUAGGACGUGACCAUCGAGCUAUGUGCGAACGUAACAGUGUCAGAAUGAGGUGUUGUUACGCAUGCGCCGACUACGGAAAGCUGCUGACAUCACCCACAGAUAUUGAUGGCCAAUGCCAGCAAAAGUUAACGUCUGCUUCAAGCUUUUGCAGGACGGCAAGCACCUACACGAACAACCCUUACCAAGACAUCGUAUGCAGCAAGAUGUACUGUCGGAUACCUGACGACCUGGACAAUUGUGAAUUGCAUCGUGCAGACGACCAUACUGCAUGUGGCUUUAAAAAGUGGUGCAUCAAUGGAACAUGUAUUCACAACGAGCAUGCACCGGCUGUCCCAGACGACUGCCCAUGGGGUGACGACAACAUUUCACCUUUUUCCGUAGACGGAAAACCGUACAUGUGCAAGGACGUGACUUUACCCAUCAACAACUACCUUUGCUAUACUGACUUUGUAGCUAAGCGUUGUUGUGAUACCUGCAAUUCGCUUAAAUCCAACAAGACAGGUUGUGAAUAUGGUGAUUCGAGCGCGUCCUGUGCGGAUUACUUCCCGACCAAUGGCUCAAGCCCUCGGCCAACAAUGUGCUACACUAAUAAAAACGCCGAUAUAUGCUGCGCCAGUUGUGCUAAAUACCGGACAAAUGCUUCGGGUUGUGAAUAUGGUGACAAAGAUUCGUCCUGUACAAAUUACUUCCCGACCGAUGGCUCUAGCCCUCGGCCAUCAAUGUGCUACACUGCUCAAAACGCCGACAUUUGCUGUGCCAGUUGUGCUAAGUACCGGACAAAUAUUGUCGGAUGUGAAUACGGGGACAAACUAACCGGAUGUCAAAGGGCGCAAUGUGAUCGGUACAAUGGCAACAACCUCAAAGGCUGUUGUGAAACCUGCAAAGACCACGCUGCCACGAUCGUCGGAUAAGGACAAAUGACAUUCCAUCAACUAAAUAUAAACUAGAAGUUCAGAAGCAAAAAGUGUUUUGGUUGAUGAUUAAAUGAUUUUAUUCUGUUUA